AUGGCGUUCGAGACGACUGAAAGCGCUACGAGCUCGUCUCAGUCCCGGCAACUGUCCAGAGUUUCCUCCAACUCCAGAGCUGAGCCUGUCUUGAUGGCCGAGGCUUCUAGCCGGGUUGUUGAGGCGAAGUGGUUCAUAGACUGCACCCUCUUGAAGGAAUGUGCCGCAGAAAAUUUGCAUGGCUUUGCCAAAUUCUACCCCGAGCAGUUCGGAGAUGGGCCUGUGGCCAAGAUGCCGAAGACCCAACUUUCGUGGGGUUCCGCAUGCUCUGGAUGCGAGGGUGCCUUGUACGUAGCACAUGCCAUUAAUGCAAGUUUUGCUGGAGCGAAGUGGCCUGUGAGGCUGCAGCACCGCUUCAGUUGUGAGUCCUGCAGAGACAAGCAAAAGUGGGUGCAUGUAGUUUCUGCCUCACACCGUUGCGCGGAUGCUGAUGAGCUGUUCGCAGAUCUGUUUGGGGCAGAUGAUGAGGAUGACGAUGAGAGUCAUCACACUUGCAUCUUUGCAGACAUACAGAACUUAGGAAACGAGACAGCCCAUUGUGUUGUGCACAAUCGAGAAUGCCCGGUCCCGCAGGUGGAUGUGUUCAUGUGCGGUGUGAGCUGCAAAGACGUUUCCCGUCAGAAUCCUGGGCGAGACAUGUCGAAGCAUGUGAUAGCCGAAGGGCACUCGCGUGGCGGAACUGCGCAGACAUGGCAAGGCUUUGCAAGCUACGUUUCCAUCAAGCAGCCGGGUAUUGUGGUGUUUGAGAACGUGGAUGGCCUUGACGACAACGUCGGCCAGACUGCGCAGAGCAACAUGGACGUGGUUGUGCAGACGAUGAAAGGUUUCGGGUAUGAGGCUCAGCCAAUGAUGACUGAUGCUCAUGAGUUUGGAUGCCCAUCCAAACGGCGCCGGGUCUACAUCUGCUUUUUCAAGCGGACGUUUCACAAGUUUUGUUUCCAAGACCGUCCGCUCUCGCAGUCUGUAACCAUGUUCAGAAGCAUGACAGCUUCUUGCAUGCGAUCUGCGCCGUGCGUCACUGAGGUCCUUUUGGAUGGGAGUUGUGAAGCCGUUUCGGCUGGUCUUCUAGAGUUGCAGAACAAACGGGCGCAAGCAGAAGAGAGGGCCGCCAAUGCCAAAGCCAAGGCAAAGGCGAAAGCCCAGCCUGCUGCCAACUGGGUAGAGCAACACUUGAAGGCCAGUGAAACCUUAGGCGUUCGAUGGGGCCAACCGGCAGGUCGGGAAUUGGAGAGCAGCCCAUGGUUUCGAACCUUGACAGACCGUGAAAAGGAUGCCUUGGUGCUUUCCCGGUCCCACGCGCCGCAGGCAGGCUUCCGCAACCUGAGCCAGUCUUUGAACCGCAUCCACACCAUGACGCUGGCUGAGGGGUGUACAAAGCAUGUUGCGCCUACCAUGCUCCCUGGACAGAUUCUUUUUGUUGAACUUGUGAGACCUCCAAGGCUUCUGCUCGGGAGGGAAGCUUUGAUCCUGCAAGGGUUUCCGGUCGAGACUUUCUUGCGCGACAUGGAUGUGGCUGGAUACAACGCUUGUGACGAUCCAUUUCCCAAUCUUGCAGGCGAUAGUGCGAAGAAGCGCAAAAAAAGACUGAAUGACAAGCCUUGGCUGACGGAAGCCCUCAUGAUGGAUCUGGCAGGCAACUCCUUUUCGUUUCCGGUUUUGCUCGCGGUGUGGCAGUCUGCUGUUUGCGCAGUGGAUUACCGUGCAGCCACUGAGACGGUGAAGGUUGCAGAUGUUGAAGAAGCUAUGGAUGCAUUGGCUUUUCUCGUGUCUUUGUGUUCGUGGAGAUCCCCGUCGGAUGCCGGCGGCAUCCCGGGCACGUCGGUGUCGGGUGCCCUACUUCAACUGAAUGCUGCAAUGCGCGGUGGCGCCAGCGUAGCGGUUCAGCAGGACAUUGCGGGUUUCUUCGAUGCUAUCCAGUUUGAAGCCCUUGAGGUGCUUCUUUCUCAUCUGAAAGCGCCGCCUUUUCUUUGGCCGCUGCUGAAGGCCUUUUACACGCGAGCUUCGCGCAUCAUCCAAUUUGAGGGCGCAUACAGCAAUGCCUGGUUUAGGCCCCGCUUGGGUAUAGCUCAGGGUUGUCCCUUAAGCCCCACCCUCGCGGCCGCUUUCAGCCACCUUUGGACGUUAGCUGUUUUGAGGCAAGGGGUUUCAGGACUGGUCUAUUUGGAUGACCGGUCAUUCUGGACUUUUUCUGCGGAUCUUAGCGAGCUGGAGCAUGCAAUCCAGCGCUCAAACCGCUUCGAUGCCACUUGCGGUCUCGAAAUAUCCUUGCCCAAGUGCGCGAUCGUGGCGCCAGAGGGUCAUGUUGAGGCUCCUGCUCUGGCUGCCCGCUUACACUAUCAGUACUCGCAUACCCUUGAUGUACUAGGUGUCACUGUUUCCUUUAACGAUGAAUGGGGCUUGCUGAAUUUCUCCUUGAGAAAAGCUUUACUGCGCAUGGAUCUUUUGCGCUGGGUCACUGCCUGCAGUCGACUGCGGGCCCUCAUGUUGAAAUCGCUUGUCUACCCGUGUUUAGUGUGGGCCGCUGCCUACGCCACGCCAAGGGCAGGUGAAAUGCAACAAGUUAAAGAUGCUGCGAUUCGGGUAUUUGACUGUCAAUUUUCCUUCGAUGCCCCGCGUGUCUUGAUCUUCGAACAUGUUGGGUGGAUGCUGGAGCCACAGUGCGCCGCUGACACUGCUGUUCUCCGCGAGGCUUGGCGCCUCCUCUGCAAGCCUCCGGCCUUUGCCCUGCGCAGCCGCGGGACGUCCGGAGCCAGCGCUGGGAUCAACUGUUGCCUGCUGCGCCUGACCUUCUCCGUAGACUGGGGUGGAACGUCACUGAACGCCCUGACGGCUUCUUUUUCGUCUGCCGCGACGACUUGGGACUCUCUCGUGAGGUGCAGGUCGGGUGGGAGAGCUUUGCUGAGGUUAAGGGCUGGCUGUUUGACCACUACCGGCACCUUUACAUGCAGAGAUGCCAACGUGUCUGGCGUAGCUUCCAUAGGCCGGACCCGAGCCUUGCUCGAGGCGACCGCUACUUAUAUGCGACGGGCUGCUGCCGUCACGGGAGGUUCCUGCUGGUUCUUCACGGCCGGGCAGGGUUUGAACGAGCAGCACCGGCGCAUGCAUUGUCUUUGCGGCGCGACUGCUCCGUCGCGACCGCACGUGACCUGGGCUUGUGAGUGCACUGAGGAGCUCCGACGAGGCCAUCCCCCGCCGAUGACGCGAGCGGAGGAACGCAUGUUUGCAAAGCCCACUCCCUUGAAGCCUCCGGCGCCUGCCUCCUCCGACUGUCGGGUUUUUCGGGAUGCGCUCGGCUCGGGCCAGAACAAGAUUUAUGCGGCUACUGAUGGCUCCAGCCAUCGAUCUGUCGGCGCUUAUGCGGUGGUGAUUGGCGAUCCGUCUUGUGUCUAUGCCAUGGGCACUGGGGCAGAGGAUCAAUCCCCGUAUCGGCAAGAAGUUCUGGCCCUCCACGCGGCCUUUGCUUCGAUCCACCGGGUGUGGAGUGAGGGUUGCGAGACGUGCAUCUUUCUCUUGACUGACUGCAAAGCUGCUCUCACGGCCAUCUCGGGCCAUGGUGACGACCCCUUUACUUUGGGUCUCUUGCUGAGGGACACGUGCCGUCUCUGGAAGGAGCUGGAGGGGCGCGGCUGUGUGAUCUCCUUGAUUUGGGUGCCGUCACACAAUAAGCACCGCCGCUGGAGGCCUUCCUCGGAUCACGAUGCGGAUGUACUCCGCGCCUUUAACCAUGCUGCGGAUCAGGCGGGGCAAGGCCCUGACAUUGCUUGGCUGCACCAGGAUGAUCUAGGCCUCUUGGCGCUCCUGCGGGCGCUGCCCAUGCGCGCGGCCGCUCCGGUGCCACGCAGGCGGCUGAUACUCGUCUUAUUGCACGAGGGCCUUGAGGUCACGGGGUGGAGAUCUGCUGUGCUUGGUGCCGAGCUGCACCACGUGGUAGGUGCCACCAGGAGUUCGAGCUACAUUCUGCUUUUUUUGGGUUUCGCUGAGACUGGACAGUUGCAAAACAGCUCUCGCACUUUGCGCGUCCUCUUGCUGGCUAUUGCCGAUUUAGCUGACGGUGAUCGCAGAUGCGCAUGCUUCGUGCUCUGCGCUUGGUGCGUUGCGGUCGUUUUGCAAAGAACGUGCAGAAGCAGCUUCGUCGGCGAGCUCGCAGAGGCUGCCGAGCUGUUCGAUGAGGCCUUACUGCUCAUUGCCACGGCCGGUGCUCGGGAUGCAAGCUCGCCUCUCUCUCUAGGCAGGCUGCAGUUUUGGGGCAAUGCGAUCGCCCUCCUGGAAGGUGGCAGUCGCAUGGCAGUCUCGGCAGAGUGUUGCGGUCGUGGUGCUCCAAGCAUCGUUGCGACCUUUGCGGUAGUGGUGCUCCAAGCAUCGUUGCGACAGCACUUUGAUGCCUCGAGGGGUAAAAAUUGGCGGCGAUCACAGAAGCUUCUGUGGGACUUCUCUUGCGGUGCACAGCGUGAGAGCCUGCGAUCAUGCGUGCCAAUCGAGAUUGAUUGCGACAUGUGUUUUAAUGAAGCAUGCUAUCUUGCGCAACUGCCAACAGAGCACAUGGGCACUUCAGCUUGGUUACAGACGAUUUCUUCAGUGUUGCAGGAGCUCGGGGAGUCUCGUCACGCUUCAACCCUAUUGCAGAAUCUGCUGAAGUCGGUUUCGGAAAACACUUUGGUUCGAUAUUUGGCUCAUCUGCUGAAGUUCGUGGGAACAUUACAGGAUUUGAACGUGCGCUGGGAGUCUAUUCGACAGCUUGAAGUGGUCGAUGCUCUUCUGUCUAUGCACAAGUCAGGCUCACAUGUCACCAAUGGUUUGAAGGCAGUUCGCUGGGCCGCCAAGACGUUUGGGCUCGCCCUGCCAGAUCUCUAUGGAGGCCUCUUGGUUGGAGUGGAGGCUCGCAUUACUUCCGACAGAAAGGAGGCUCUUCCGCUUCCGAUUUAUGUUUUGGCUUACUGUGAGCGUGCUCUUCUACUGGAGUCGGAAGCUCUGCCUGCGCCGCUGAACGAAGCUUUGGUGGCCUUGGCAGAUCAGUGCAAAGUCCCGCCAGAUUACCAUGGGAUUCUCGCGGGGUUUGAUGUCAGCCUUUUCGGCUGCAUUGCGGCUGAUUCCUCAGCUUUGGGUGAGGCGCUCAAGGAUCUGCUCGAGGGCGCCGUGGAACCGCCCUCCACUGCUCAGCGCCUGCUUCUGCUGUCUUCGCUACGACUGCUUUACGAGACUUGCCGUCAGCAGUCGUCAGCAGCUCGUCAGGGCAAGCGCCAAGAGGAGAACGACAUCACUUCGGGGUUUUCUACAUCAAGCUGGUCCGAACAGUUUCCCCCCAAGCUUUCAGGCGAGCGUGUGAUGUCUCUUCAGAAACAGUUUCACGCCCGCUACCCGGGGGAGAUCUUAGAUCCCGACAAUUAUCCGUCGGCCAGGUUGCUAGCCUAUGUGGCUAAGGUCGUUCAAAAAGGAGAGCUGCGGUGGAUCCCGUGGAAACUCAGGAUGAGCCAGGCCCAACAAGACUCCCUGGCUUUGCGGCGCCCAGCUAAGGUGCCCCGGUUAGAAGAGCUGAUAUACGACGACGUGCCCCAGCGUGAAAUACCAGCUGGAGCAGUUGGCGCGAACUAUCUCUCGGGCAUCUUGAGCUUGGUUUCAGUGGCUGUAGCGAUGCUCAGGGCGGGCAUUCGCAAUCCUUUUGCUGAGGAAAUCAUGCAAGCAGAUCGUCAGCUAUGGUGCCAGAUGGCCGAUCUGGUCAAUCUUCAUGGCUGGUCCUUGGAUGAUGCUCUGACAGAGUACACGGAGAUCAGGGGGGACAUGGCUUCGCUACUGCAGUCCCGGGUGGCGGUGCCCAAAAUCGAGGACAAAGGUAAGACUCGUCUCCUGUGCCGGGACUACUCUUCGGCAAAGGGCUGCUCUUUGAAUCACUCUUGCAGCUUGGGGGCUUUCGACAAAGGGGGCCUCUGGAUCCAGGUCGCGGAUUCGGCAUUUCCGGAGCAUCCUCGGGUCAGGGAUCUCUUUCGACGGUUCCCUACCACAUUGUUCGGAGCCUUGGACUGGGGGAUUCUUCCGGCUCCACCUUCAGUUCUUGAUCUUUCCAAGGUGCGCGGGAAUCUUUUCCUGGAUCUGUUUGCUGGUCAUGCUCGGCCACUAUCGUCUGCUUUCUUACAUGCUGGGGUGUCUGUUCUUUCGGUGGAUACAAUGUUGGCUUCGGAGCAUGAUCUUCUAGAUGAUUCGCUUUUUGAACCUCUUUUGCGAUUGAGCUUUUCGGGAGCGGUCACCUCGGCUCAUGCAUCGCCACCAUGCCGGGAGUAUUCCAGGUGCAAGCUUAUCCGGCCUGGUCCGAAGCCUUUGCGCACCCCGGAACAUUUGGCGGGGGUCCCAGGUCUUUCUUCUUCCGAACAAGAGCGAGUGGACGCCAGCCGGACUCUGAUGGAGCGUGCCGUCGAGCUUCUGCACGCCACCUACAAGGCUGGCGGGCAUUUUAGCCUUGAAAAUCCAGCAAACAGCAUGCUUUGGCUGGAAGAAGCGGUCCGCAUUCUGCUUCAGAAGGCCAAUGCCGAUGUGCUUGUGGUAGCGGCUUGCGCUUACGGUUGGGAUAUCUCGAAACGCUGGGCUUUCGCUACCUCUUUUCGGGAUAUGCAGCGAUUGGCCAAGGAUUGCUCACAUGCUGAGGGUCGCUUCGACAUGCCUUUCGCGCAUCAAGAUGGGGCUGGCAUCUACUCGGUCCCCGACUGGUCUUUUCCCCCGAAUGGGACGGUUGACAGACUUCAGCAGGUCAGGCAUGCUCUGACGCAGAAGCUUUUUGAGUUGAAGGCCCCGAUUCGCUUGCGCGAACAUGUCCUGGCCAAGUCGGAUUCUCCAUUGUUUUCGGAGGGAGAGAUUGAAAGCUGUCGGGCCAUCUUUUCAGAGUUCUUGGUGGCCACGACGGGUGGACUGGCCUUGGAAGAUCCCGACGACACUCUGUUCGCUUGCCUCCAAUCGGGCGUAGUUUCUGUAGUGCCAUGGACGGUGCCGUAG